AUGUCGCAAAGGCCCUGCACCAAGGAGCACUUCUUCUCUGAAGCUGACAUGGAGACGAUCAAUAUGGACAAUCGACUCAAGGAUCUCGCGAAAACAGAUCCUAAGAUGGUCAAGAAGUCAUUAUCUCCACAAGUGCAGUCGCAGCAGGAGAUGCUUGAUAACCUCAGGACAGAGAACUGCGAGGUGCAAAUAAAGUUAAAGGGGCUGAAUGAGCAAGCAAAAUUUGAAACAAGGUGA